GUCUUAUGGUGUUAAACGAGGCACAUUUUGAUGGAGUAGCCUAUGAUCAGAAUUAAAACUCUUGUUUUUCAAUACACCUGGUUUGCAUGGGUCGCCUUAAGGUCAGGUUUACAUAGGCCUGGGACAUGAACAAAAGAACCAACACACGCCUAGGCCAGUAUUUAUGACCAUAAAAUGGGUGGGACCUGUUUAUUCAUAUGGGCGAUGAUAGGCUGAUUCAUAUAUUUGUGUAGCAACUGUCGUCAUAACAAAGUAGAAUUAGGGACGCCAUAUUGAUUUCCGUGUGAGUCACAUGGGCUUGUUUUUGUGUUCAAAAGAUUUCCGUGAUUGAGUUUUAUGAUCAGAUAUGUAACUUUGCAGGUGAAUUGAGAUCGAAACGAUGAUAUCAAGAAGGCUCGUCUGGACUUGUAACCUGAUUUUAAUGGUUUUUAGCCUGCAGUUUUCCGGGUUAGCAGGUCAAGGGUUUGGUGGCAUUCGUUUAUCUGGUGGCCCCACCAACGCCGAGGGCCGUGUAGACGUCAGAUAUAACGGAGAGUGGGGAACAAUAUGUGACGAUGACUGGGACGCCAAGGACGCGGCCGUCGUUUGUCGUAUGCUGGGUUUCUCAGGCGCUAUAAGAGCGGUACCCGGCGGGACCUACCCUGUAGGCUCAGGGCCUAUAUGGCUAGACAAUGUCAGCUGUGACGGAGAUGAGACUAAUAUCACACAGUGUGGGAACAGGGGGGUGGGGACACAUAACUGUGCCACCAAUCACUCGGAGGACGCAGGGGUAGUGUGUCAAGGCCCCACAACCAGCACCUUGCCUCCUACCACCACCACCACUCUCCCCACGACGCCUUGUUCUUCGGCUGCCACUAACAUUAGGAUCGUUGGCGGGCCCACAGCCGGAAGGGGUCGUGUGGAGGUAGAAUUUAACGGAGAGUGGGGGACGGUGUGUGAUGAUCUCUGGGACGUAAAUGAUGCGGCUGUCGUCUGCAGGAGUUUAUGUUACAAUCCCGACACAGCACUGCCCCUUAAAGACGACAAUAUCCCAGAAGGCAGCGGCAGCAUUCUCCUGGAUAAUGUGCAGUGUACAGGAACCGAGAACAGUAUUUUUGACUGUACGCACGCUGGGAUUAACAACUCGGACUGCACGCACAGAGAGGAUGCCAUGGUUGCCUGCGCUCCUCCUGCAAACACACCCCCUCCAGUGCCGACACCCUACGUCCAAUGUCUUGCUGCUUCUUUUCUCGUGGUGUUUGAACGAGCACAAAGUCCACAACUGACACAAAACAACCUAUGGGUGGUCGACACGUCAGCAACUAAUUGUAUCACUAAGACAACCAAUUCGUCUCACAUUUCUAUGGAGAUUCCGUAUGUUGGUUGUGCUUCACAAUAUUUGUUGAACUCUAGCCAUAUCACCUACACUAAUACAGUGAAAAACAACAUCAGCUCUACUGAUGGCAUCACUAGGGACACCGAGUACCACAUCCCGCUUUACUGCUCAUUCCCGCGGGAUCUCAACUCAAGCCGGGGGGUCCAGCCCGAAAUCCAGACCGCCCAGCCGAUCUCUGGGUCCAACGAAUUCGCCCUUGGGAUGUUCAUCUACGUGAACAGUUCGUUUAAGCAGAUUGUGAGGACGUACCCAUUCACCUUGACCCUGGGAGAGUGGUUGAACGUGGGGGUCGCUCUAACGGCCGAGGACCCGUCACUGAAAGUUAUACUUAGUGACUGCAGGGCAACUCCAACAGCGUCACUAAGCCAAGGUCCUUCUUACCCUCUAAUAACAUCAAAGUGUCGCUCCGAUCCAACUUUGACGUUCUUUCCAUUUAAUGAGACGAUGCUUGGAUUCAGCUUCCAGUCUUUUAGAUUCUUUGGUAAUUACACAGACGUUUACCUCCAUUGCGACGCCGUCGUCUGCCAUAUAAAUGAAAAGAAUGCGCAGUGUGACAGAACUUGUAAUGUGCGUAAGAGAAGGGCAGCAGAAGAACACACAUCCGCAGCAACGGAAAUAAAAAACAAAUAUCACAUAUCUAAAGGACCAAUUGUGUUCCUGGAGAGAGAAUCUGAAAGUAUAGACUUUCCAAUAAUUUCUGACGGGAUUAACAAAAUAAGAAACGGGUGUCCCAAACAGACAGUUUCAAUGAUGUUGUCCAUUGCAACAUAUUUAUUAAUUUGCAUAGGUGCAGUUUAUUCUGCACAUGGAGGCACAGGACAACUCCAGACGCGGUUGUCAGGCGGUCCUACCGCUACUGAGGGCCGCGUGGAGGUUCUGUUCAACGGAACGUGGGGAACCGUCUGUGACGACGACUGGGGUGUUAAUGAUGCUACUGUCGUCUGCAGAUCCUUAGGGUUCGGUGGCCCAGGAGUUCCAUUCAGUGGAUCAGGAAGUGGAGGCUCGCCCCCGUUCACUGGCGACUUGUACGGAAUUCCCGUCCAAUCCACACCCAUAUGGCUUGACAACGUGAACUGUGCUGGAGACGAGGGGGAUCUCUCGCAAUGUUCUCAUAAUGGGUUCGGUAAUAACGACUGUAGCCCAAAACACAUGGAGGACGCGGGAGUGCGAUGUGUUGCGGGCGAUAGCGGCUUGGCGCAGUCUUGCACUGAAGGUACCAACGCUUCAGAGACUGUUCGCCUCGUAGGUGGAGACGGGAGCUAUGGUCGCCUGGAGGUCUACCGAGGGGCUUCCUGGGGGACGGUGUGCGACGAUUUCUUCGAUAUCCGCGACGCCAGGGUCGUAUGCAGAAGUCUGUGCUAUAACGAAACUGAAGCCACAGUCGUCGUAGGUCUACCUGGCCUGACUCCUGCCCUUGACAACGUUACAAUAUGGCUGACAGACGUCGGUUGCCAGGGCCACGAAGGCGCCAUUGAAAACUGUACCCAUGGCGGCUGGGCGAAUAACCCGUAUAACUGUUCGCACGCUGAGGAUGUUAUGGUGGCCUGCACUGCUGUCUCAGUCAGAGCAGCUCCCGCUCCUGCCAUCCAGGUUGAUGUAACCUGCGACGGAGCAAAUAUCAUAACUGUGUUCGACACCAGUGGUUUCUCCGAACAGAUGAUGGUGGAGGUGGCAGCCGACCCAAGCUGCACGAACUCUACCGCUGACGGCACCAACCUCACAAUGUCCAUACCAUAUCUGUCCUGUGGGACACAGAGAACAACAAACUCAACACAUAUAUUCUACACCAACACCGUCCGACAAUGGGUUCAGCAGUCCAGCGUCAUCGUCACCAAUUUCGCCGAGAACCGCAUCGUGGUUUACUGCGUGCACGCCAGAGACAAGCAAAUCUCCGCCGGCUUCACGCCAGAGGUCGUCACCGUCGGUCCUCAGUUCUCAUCACACAAUUUUGACGUCAGUAUGUUCUUUUACGCCAAUUCGUCCUUCACUGGCCCAGUGAAUCAGUUUCCCAUGAGCGUGCAACUGGGAGAUAAUCUUCAGGUUGGGCUUGUGUUGACGACCGUUGAUCCAUCCCUAAAACUCGUUCUGACUGAUUGUUACGCAACUCCGUUCAAGGAAAGAGAUUCGGUGCCGCAAUAUCCACUUAUAGCGAGCAAGUGCCGACAAGACUCCAGCCUCGUUUACUUCCCUGUCAAUGAAACUGCGCUUCAGUUCAGAUUCCAAUCCUUCAAGUUCUUCGGCAACUACACCUCAGUAUACCUUCAGUGUGAUGCAGUCGUUUGCGAGUUAACCGAAAAGACCAGCCAGUGUGACAGAACCUGUGGCGUGCGUAAGAAAAGAGAAGCUGAAUGGACGGAUGAUUAUCAUGUGAUUAAAAAACGUCAGACCAUUACCAAUCAAAAUUCAGUUCACAUCGUCCGUGGACCAAUCAUAUUAGAAGAAUAUGAAUCGACGAAUUCCGAUUUUGUUGACUUCAACAUUGAGGAUGUAGUGAGUGUUAUCAAGAAGUCCACAGCAGCGAACCAUGUUCCAUCGACUGUUGUUGUCCUUUUUGUGGCCUCCAUAUCAGCAGCGUUGUGUCUGAUGAAGAACUGAAACUUUAUCGCUAAAUAACACAACUAUUUUAUUCAGCGUGCAGCAUUUAUUUGUGAACGCGUGCAUAAUUUAUGUGCCAUUACGGCCAUGUCGUUAAGGCAAACAAAGUUACCAACGCAUAGUGCUAUACACAGACAUGUAUAAAAAACACGAAACCCUUCUGUAUACAAAUACAGAUAUGCAUUCAAAGACUGUAAAUAUUUUGUGCAAUAUGUAGGUUUAAUUUUCUUCAAUGUCUGUUUGCCCCUGAGAUCCACCUGUCCCUGGUAACUUACCUGUGUAGGGGAGACCGGGGCUAGUUUGACCCC